ACCAUGUGAAAACUGCAUUGUGGAUUCGAUUUGAAUUUUUUGAAUUAUUAUAUUCUACAUAUUGUGAUGUAGAUUAUUAUAAUAUCAAACAAAAUAUCCAAGUACAUUGCAAAAUCAUCAUAACCUGACCAAUAGACAAUAGCUACUUAACUUCCAGUGAAACAAGCUCAAAUGGCUCCAACUAAAAAUAGACUUCCUCCUACUGGGAAGAGAAAAACUUCUACAAGGAAUUUCUGGAUGGCAGAGUACAAAAAAUAUUUGAGUAAAGAUUUGAUUCAAAACUUGAUAUUUAAUCCUCAUUAUGUAGCUCCAAUAUGUUAUAUUUUAUUCAUAAUGGAGGCAUUCCUCAAUGUGUUCAUAAUUGAAAGAGUUAAAUACACUGAAAUUGAUUGGAUUGCCUACAUGCAAGAAGUUGAGGGAUUUCUUAAUGGAACACUGGACUAUCAAGAACUAGAAGGUGAUACUGGACCGUUGGUUUAUCCAGCUGGAUUCGUUUAUAUCUAUAGUUUAUUUUAUUACAUGACAUCACAUGGAAAAAACAUCCACUUAGCCCAAUAUAUCUUUUUGGUUCUCUAUCUGGCCCAGACAUUUCUUGUACAAAGGAUUUUCAGAAAAACAUUGAAAGUUCCUCCAUAUGCCUUAGUACUAGCUACUCUAACUUCAUACAGGAUACAUUCAAUUUUCGUGUUACGCCUUUUCAAUGAUCCGAUAGCAGUUUUAUUAUUUUAUAUCAGUUUGAACUUGUUGAUAUCCGACAAAUGGAUAUUGGGUAGCAUAUUUUAUUCAUUGGCUGUAUCGGUUAAAAUGAAUAUUUUACUUUAUGCUCCUUGUCUACUUAUAGCUUAUUUAACGAAUCUGAGUUAUACUGGAACAUUUUUGAAUUUAUGUAUUUGUGGUAUCAUACAAGUGGUAUUAGGUCUUCCAUUUAUGUAUCAUAAUUUAUUUUCAUAUAUUAAGGGAAGUUUCGAUUUGGGCAGAGUUUUUGAACAUAAAUGGACAGUAAACUAUAGAUUCCUACAUAGAGAUGUUUUUGAAAACAGAAUUUUUCAUCUGUCUUUGCUAGCGUUACACAUAGGCAUAUUACUUUUAUUUGUUCCCUACUUCAAGAAAUACUUGAGCAGCUAUGCCAAGUUGAAUGAAGUAACUAUGCAAUUGAAAUUACAAAUUGAGGCUGAAAAUCAGAAGAAAAAGGCAGAAUCUGAAAAAUUAUCAAAAAGCCAGAAGCAGUUUCUAUAUUCGUUUGAGAAACAGUUGAAAAAUAGUAGUAUAGAACCGACAGCUCAAGUUCACAAUGAUAAUAAAUCUAAGAUAGAAGAUAAUAUGUCAAAAAUUGUGCAGUUGUUUGUACUGCCUUUUUUUGUAACAAAUUUAAUAGGCAUAGCUUGUGCAAGAUCUCUUCAUUACCAGUUUUACAGUUGGUAUUUCCAUAGUUUACUGUAUUUAGUAUUUUGUACAGGAUACUCUAAGCCCUUUUCAUUUUUACUAUUAGGUUUAAUAGAAUAUUGUUGGAAUGUAUACCCUAGUACACAUUUUUCCAGUAUUUUAUUACAUGUGUGCCAUUUUACCUUAUUAUUUGGACUGUAUAGAAUUAUGAGCAGGUGAUGUAGUUGUUUUAAAAUAAAAUUUUCAAAAGU